UGUGUCAGUUUCAAGUUGCGCCUUCUCUCUCUGCUGUUCUCUGCUCUCCUCCGGGCUCAACGGCCGGAGCUAACUAAUUCAUAUCGUCGUUGUUUUUACUCCCUCAUAAAACGCUGACGUUCCCACGAAAAUGGAUUUAUUCUUCCCGCACAAGAGGGGAUUUUAACAGCUGAAGGAUUCGGAGUUUGCCUCAGGAAGUGAUUCUUUGGAACGGACCUUUCACUUACAAAUGAAGAUGCUGGGGGCUGGGAGUUAAAGCCCUCCACCAGAGGGAAGCUGGUUCACAGCUGGGGCUGGGCCCCUGCCUCAGGUGGGGGUGAAGAGCCCUCACGGCCCCCCGCGGGUCUGGACCAUGGGUGAUGGAGGUGUCGGUGCAACUGGAGGAGAUGGGGCCAACCAGUCUCAUGUUCUGUUCGACAACUUUGUCCAGGCGUCGACGUGUAAAGGCACCCUGAAGGCCUUCCAGGAGCUGUGUGAGCACCUGGAGGUGAAGCCCAGUGAGCACAGGAUCUUCUAUCACAAGCUCAAGUCCAAACUUAACUACUGGAAGGCGAAGGCUCUCUGGGUGAAAUUAGACAAGAGGGCCUGCCAGAAGGAGUACAAGAAGGGACGUGCCUGUGCCAACACAAAGUGUCUGAUCAUCGGUGCAGGGCCAUGUGGCUUACGGACAGCCAUCGAGCUGGCUUUCCUGGGGGCCAGAGUGGUGCUCCUGGAGAAGAGGGACGCCUUCUCCAGAAACAACGUGCUGCACCUUUGGCCCUUCACCAUCCACGACCUCAGGGGCCUCGGGGCCAAGAAGUUCUAUGGGAAGUUCUGCGCUGGUGCUAUCGAUCAUAUCAGUAUUCGUCAGCUUCAGCUAAUGCUGCUCAAAAUGGCUCUCCUGCUGGGGAUCGAGAUCCAUGUCAACGUAGAGUUCAAGGGACUUAUCGAGCCGCCUGAAGACCAGGAGAGUGAGAGGAUAGGCUGGAGGGCCGAGGUCCACCCCAGGACACACCCUGUCAGCGAGUUGGAGUUUGAUGUCAUCAUUGGAGCAGAUGGAAGGAGGAACACACUACCAGGGUUUCGACGGAAGGAGUUCCGGGGGAAGCUCGCCAUCGCCAUCACCGCCAACUUCAUCAACAGAAACACAACGGCGGAGGCGAAGGUGGAGGAGAUCAGCGGCGUGGCCUUCAUCUUCAAUCAGAAGUUCUUUCAAGAUCUCAGGGAGGCAACAGGUAUUGACCUGGAAAACAUUGUGUACUACAAGGAUGACACACAUUACUUUGUGAUGACUGCCAAAAAACAGAGCCUGCUGGAGAAAGGAGUCAUUUUGCAUGACUAUGCAGACACUGAGCUGCUCCUGUCCAGGGCUAACGUAGACCAGGCUGCCUUGCUGUCUUAUGCGCGUGAAGCUGCAGAUUUCUCCACCAACCACCAGCUGCCCACCCUGGAUUUCGCCAUCAACCACUACGGUCAGCCCGACGUCGCCAUGUUUGACUUCACAUGUAUGUACGCCUCGGAGAACGCCGCCAUGGUCCGCCAGCGCAGCGGCCACCAGCUGCUGGUGGCGCUAGUGGGCGAUAGCCUUUUGGAGCCGUUCUGGCCCAUGGGCACCGGCAUUGCGCGCGGUUUCCUGGCAGCCAUGGACUCCGGCUGGAUGGUGAAGAGCUGGGCGCAGGGAAAAGCUCCUCUGGAGGUUCUGGCCGAGAGGGAGAGCAUAUACCGGCUUCUGCCUCAGACAACACCGGAAAAUGUCAGUAAGAACUUCAGUCAGUACAGCGUGGAUCCAACCACACGCUACCCCAACAUCAGCCUUAACUUCCUCAGGCCCAGUCAGGUGCGACACCUCAUUGACACGGGAGAAGGAAGGGAAACCCGAAUUGAAAUUGAGAAUGUGAUCAACUCGUCGACGCCAAAGUUAGCCCGGAAUGACAAUUACCUGCUUGACAAACAGUUUCAAGAAUCCAUUGCUCGGUCCAGUAAGCUGCUGAACUGGUGCCAGAGGCAGACAGAAGGAUACAGGAACGUCAGUGUGACGGACCUGACCAUGUCGUGGAAGAGCGGCUUGGCGCUGUGCGCCCUCAUUCACCGAUACAGACCCGAUCUCAUAGACUUUGACUGUCUGGAUGAGGAGAACCAUGAGAGGAACAACCAGCUGGCGUUCGACGUGGCAGAGAAGGAGUUCUGCAUUUCGCCAUGCAUGACCGGCAAGGAGAUGUCCUCAGUGGUGGAGCCAGACAAGCUCUCCAUGGUCAUGUACCUCAGCCAGUUUUAUGAGAUGUUUAGGGACACAGUGCCACCUGGAGAUAACCACAACUUGAGUCCAGAGGAGAAAGCUGCGCUGAUUUCCAGCACAAAGUCUCCCAUCUCCUUCCUCAGCAAGCUGGGUCAGAGCAUCGCUAUUUCCAGGAAGAGAAACCCCAAGGAUAAAAAGGAAAAGGAUGUGGACGGUUUGGGCAAAAGGAGGAAAACCAGUCAGUCCGAAGACGAGGACGUUUCCAGGUCCUGUCGGGAAGAGCGGCCGUCUGUCCCUGCUGUCCAGUCAGAGAGAAAAAUGGACUGUGCUGCUGCAGGAAACCACAACAAAGUGAAGGUGAUGGCCACCCAGCUGCUGGCCAAGUUCGAAGAGAACGCCCCGGCUCAGUCUUCAGGCCUCAAACGACAGGGGCACUCUCUGCCCAACCUGGACUACCUUUUGCCCCUUUGCCCUCCACCAAACCCUGUGAGCGAGCCAGUGCGCCUGGCUCCUGUCCCUGCAUGGAGAAAGAGACGCACCGAACAGCAGGAGAAGCUGAGCAUUCGCUACAAAGAGAUGGUCAAAUGUCAGACGCUGCCCAGCCUAGGGGAUCAGGCCAGAAGCGCUGCAGAUCAAACGUCCAGCUCGGGCUCUCGGAGCUGUCCAAAGAAAACCAUUCUGCUCCCUUCCUCCUCCUCCACUUCCUCGCUCUCUCUUCACUCAGAGAAUUUAUCCCCAGAGGAAGAGAAGCUUGAAUACUAUGAAAGGCCUCUGACACACAGGGAAGGGAAGCAGUCACUCACAGUUGACCUCGCUCCCAUUCGCAUCCCUGGUAUUCAGGAGCGGGCCGACCGCCUCAUCUCCAAGUUUAAAGGCAAAGCUGAUAAACCACCAAAGCCUAAGAAAAAGCCGUCCCGUUUCUUUUUAGAGCAGUGGUACUUGACCCGAGGCCUGAGUCCGAGCCCAGUGUCACCUCUGACCUCCACUGACGCUUCCAGAAAGGAGCCAGUGAGGCCUCUGGACUCUGAGCAGAUGCCCAUAUAUGUGCUUAGUAUUCAGGAAAGAGCCGAACAACUUGAAUUUCAGUUGGAAGGCAAGCGAGUCGGGCCGCAGCCAAAGAAAAAACCCUCUCGUUUUUUUAUGGAGCGAUGGCACCUGGCCCGCGCCCAGAGCCCCCCCGGCACCCCCCUGGCCGCCUGCUCCAGACAGCACUUGGUGAGGAUGUACACAGGGGGAGUUAGCACCCUGGCUGAGCAGCUAGCCGGCCAGCUUCAGUCUCAGGAAGAGUCCAAACCCACACAUGUACCAGAAAGGAGGGAUUUGGGUUCUCUCAGGAAAGAGUUCCCCGUCAACAUCGGGGGCAGCGACGUCUGCUUCUUCUGCCGAAAGAGAGUCUACGUCAUGGAGAGGCUGAGCGCCGAGGGGAAGUUCUUCCACCGCAGCUGCUUCAAAUGUGACUACUGCGGGACAACGCUGCGACUUUCCUCCUACGCAUUUGAUGUGGAGGACGGGAAGUUUUACUGCAAGCCUCACUACUGUUACCGACUGUCAGGUUACGCCCAGAGGAAGAGGCCGGCUCCUUCUCCUUCUGCUCCGGUCUCAGUCAAGGAAAACCAGAUGCCCCUAACUCCGAUUCAGACCGUGGACGCCCCCAGCAGGGUGCCGGCGGCGGCGGCUCCCUCGGCUGAGAUCCCGCCCUCAGCACCGGAGGUCAACGGCGUGCAGGAGCCCAGCAUGGCUAAACGUCUCCGUGGAACCCCGGAGAGGAUCGAGCUGGAGAACUACCGCCUGUCCCUGCAGCGGGAGGAGCUGGAGGAGGUUCCGGAGGAGACGCUGGCCGAGCACAACCUGAGCAGCGUGCUGGACAAAGCCACCGACGUCGACUUGGGCUCCAGUAGCUCUGAGUCUGACAUGGAGGAAGAGGAUGAGCAGGAGGAAGAGGCGGAGGUGGAGGAAGAGGUGGAGGAGCAGCCGGCCAGCCCGUCGGACCUCGGCGGCGUUCCCUGGAAGGAAGCCGUGGAGCUCCACGCCAAACUGCGAGGCGGUGAGCUGGAGGACGAAGCUCUGGGUGAUGCUGCCAGCAGAGAUGGAGACGUGGAGGAAGACGAAGAAGAGAAGGAGGAAGAGGAAGAUGAGGAAGAAUCCAGUGAUGAGGGGGAUUACUGCCCCUGGGACAGAGAGCUGCAGUCAGGUCUGUGGCUGGAGAAGCACCUCACUGAUGAAGAGGAUGUUGGUAAAUUCAAAGCCAGGAACAUACAGAUCCAGCAGCUCCUCCAGCCGGUGGAUCCCAGCGCCAUUCCGAGUUUGGCGAGAGCGCGGCGGGAUUCUGACCAGGACGGCCCGGUGGGUUCUGAGCCCACUCUGCCCCCCUCCACAGCCCCCGCCCACACAUCCGCCCGACACGAGGCAGUGAGGGUCUGGUUGGAGUCGUUGUCUGGAGAACCGUGUGAGGAUGAAGAGCUGGACGCCGAAGCAGACAGUCCGGACAUGGAGCCCGGCACGGAGCUGGACCAAGAUGACAUUCCUUCGGAUGCAGAAGCUGAGGCUCGGCUGCACCAGUCAGAGCAAGACGAAGCUCCUCCAGAGGAAAACAAGGACACAGAAAGUCUGGGGAAAGACUCCAGUAUUGACCCAGCCGGCACCGGCUCACUGCUGAAGGACGACGUCGUUCUUUCCCCCCUCAAACCGCCGGCUGAGCCUGUCAGCCCAGUGAAAUCUCCCGGCAUCCGUUUCUUCCCGGAUCCCUUCUUACCGGAGGAAGAGAAGACAGCUGUGUCCCCGGCUGUCAGGAACCCGCUCAGCCCUUCAUCCGUUUCAUUUUCCGCUCCCAUCCCGUCUCCCGCUCCUGCCGUCAUGCUCCCCUCCGCCUCCCCCGCCUCUUCCCCUCCUGUCUCACCCGCCGCCUCUCCGCUGAAGCCACCUGGCCAGUCGCCUGUCAGAUCGCCCGUCAAGUCGCCGCUCAGCUCCCCGAUUCGCUCCCAGCCCAUCUCGCUCCCGGAGACACGCACGCCUAAAUCCCCGGUCUUCCCCCACCGCUCCAUCUGCCCCCUGACAGGAAACCCCCUCUCCCCGAUCUGCGCCCAGCCUUUGCCCUGCCAGGAAGCCUCCUCACCUCUGACCUCUGACUCCCCCGUCAGGACGCAGCCCGUCAGCUCAACGCCAGAGCCGCUCAGGUCCGCUGACUCCUCCAUCGAGGAAAACGCCUCUAAAAAGUCAGACAUCAUCGAGGAGUUCUGGCUGAAGAGUGCAGAGAUCCGGAAGAGCCUCGGCCUCUCUCCUUUAGACCGAAGCAGUAAAAUCCUGGAGAAGACCCCAAUACCGGACCCGACCCCCGUGAAGACGCCGUCCACCGGGGAGCCGAAACCGGCGUUUACCGGCCGCACCGUCAUUCGCAGACUCAACAUCACCCUGGAGGGUCAAGUCAUCAAGCCCAUCACUCCGGCCAAGAGCGACACAAACCUAACGGCGAACAGUGACAGCUGCAACACGUCGGACUCCACCAUGCUCACCCCGCCCUCCAGCCCACCGCCGCCCGUCCCCGCCAACCAGUCUCCAGCAGUGCUCAGGCAGAAGAGACACCAGGCGUCUUGGAGCAACGGGAUGGAAAAGCUUCCGGCCGACGCUCCGGUUCCUGCGCCCCGGACGCAGCUGAGUCCCACCCCCGCACCCAGGAAACUGUCGUCCCCUGAGGCUGCGCCACAGACCGCGCCGGUUGUCAUAAUGAGGGAGAAGAAGAAGCAGCCUCGCCCGGCUGAGGUGAGGAAAUCGUUUGUGGAGACGGUUGAGGAGAUUCCUUUUGCCGACGACGUGGAGGAGACGUACGAUGAGCGCACGGCAGAAACGAGCCAGAAGAAGAGUCAGGCGCCGCCCGCCAUCAAGCCGCCGCUGCACCUGGCGCUAGCCAUGGAAAAUGGUAAGCCGAACAUCCCAGUAAUCCCAGUCUCCAAAUCCCAGAGGGCCACUCGGUUUUCCCCAGAGGCCAAGGAGAUCGCUGAAGAGAGAAUCAGAGCAAGAGAGAAGUCUGUGAAGAGCCAAGCUCUCAAAGACGCCAUGGCCAAGCAGCUGAACAAAAUGAAAGAGUCCGACCCAAACAGGAACGUCUCCCCUAAGGUGGCCUGGAGCGCCACUCCGGAUGCAGCUGGAAAGACCAAAAAGUCUCCCGGAUCUCCCAAAAUGUCGGCCGUGAAGGCACUGGAGUCGAAGAAAGAGUCUGUUCCUGAGCGUUUCUUCAGCAGCAACAAGAGUCUGGACAGCUCAGUGGCGUCGUCAGAGGGAUCGUCAACGGGCAAGAGCAAGAAGCGGAGCUCCCUCUUCUCACCCCGCAAGAACAAGAAGGAGAAGAAAGCCAAAAACGACGGCAGCAGGCACUCUGGCGCCGAGGAGACGCCGCCCAAACACAAGUCGCUCUGGAAGGCCGUGUUCUCUGGCUACAAAAAGGACAAGAAGAAGAAGGACAACAAGUCGUGUCCGAGCACGCCGUCGUCCAGCUCCACCACCCAGGACUCGGGGAAGACGAGGACGUCGCCUCCGGGGAAAUCCUCAGAAUUAAAGACUCGGAGGAACCUGAGCUUUUCUGAGGACUCGGACCUGUCCUGUGAUGAUGUUCUGGAGAGAUCGUCCCAGAAAUCAAAGGCAGAUCGGCAUAUGGACAUCUUUGACCUAGUGUCAGGCAUGCAGAAGGAGGCAAUAAAGGAGGAGAGACUGGAAAAGGAGAGGAGGAGGGAGAUAAAGAGGAAAAAGAGGGUGAAAGAGGGGCAGAAAGAAAGGGAGCCAGAAAAGGAGGUUGACCAAGAAAAGGAGAAAGACAAUGAGGAGUCUGUUUAUGUUCCUCACGCACUGGCGUUCAAGAGAUCGUACGCCACAAAGGUAAAAACCUACACAGAGGAGGAGCUGAAUGCCAAACUCACACGCAGAGUCCAGAAAGCCGCCCGGCGACAAGCGAAGCAGGAGGAGCUCAAAAGGCUGCAUCGCGCUCAGAUCAUCCAGAGGCAGCUGGAGCAGGUGGAGGAGAAGCAGCGGCAGCUGGAGGAGCGGGGUGUAGCCGUGGAGAAAGCACUGAGGGGAGAAGCAGGCUUGUAUAAAGGUACUUGUACAUUACCCAAACAACACAAAAGAAGAUCAGACUAUUGGGGAGAUUCUAAUUACAGUGAAAUCCUGGACUUGCAUCUGGGCGUUGAGCCCUUUGUGGGGAUGCCUCGUCGGAGACCACUCUCCCUCUGCCCUUGCUGUUCCUCUGAAGGUAUGGGCAAGAAGGACGACCCCAAGCUGAUGCAGGAGUGGUUCAAGCUGGUGCAGGAGAAGAACGCCCUGGUCCGCUAUGAGUCGGAGCUCAUGAUAUUUGCCAGAGAGCUGGAGCUGGAGGACCGGCAGAGUCGGCUGCAGCAGGAGCUCCGGGAGCGAAUGGCUGUGGAAGACCAUCUGAAGACUGAGAAGGAGCUGGCUCAGGAAAAGCAGAUCCUGAAUGAAAUGCUGGAGGUGGUGGAGCAGCGCGACGCCCUGGUGGCCCUGCUGGAGGAGCAGAGACUUCGGGAAAAGGAGGAGGACAAGGACCUGGAGGAAGUCAUGCUCUCUAAGGGAUUCAGCCUGAACUGGGCCUGAAAGCUGACAGACAAACAACAAAAACACAGUCAAGCAGCUGCGCAAACUCCACUCACGUUGUCUGAAGAUAGACACGAGCAAACGAUCCAGAACUGUCACACCUACAGCACUGAAUGUGUAGAUAUGUUUCCGUACCACAAACACGCCGCGGCUGCCUCUGACACUGACGCAGCGUUCCAGAUCCCCGCCUGAAGGCGGUCCAACUUAAUCACUCUGCAGUUGGGCUCCUCUCCCUCUGUGUGGGAGGAGAGCCGAGUUCAUAUUCAAGAGUUUAUCAUCGCAGCCUUGAAGAGGCUCCUCCAGGCCCCGGGGCCCACAGGGAGAGUGUGUGGAGACUUUCUAAAGGGAAGAAUCAAUUCAGUCCUGCUGAUGUAAAGAAACUGUAAAGUUUUUGUGUAUAGAUGUGUUGAACAACAUUUUCUGCAGAGGUGUGUUGAAACAUUCAGCUGCCUUUCUCUCCAGUGACAGAGUGUUUAUCCUAAUGCACCACACACACCCCUGAACAGCCAUGUUUUUGUCCUCCUCUGUUGUGUUUAGUGAGUCAACACUAAGAAUUCAUUAACUCUGGCCACCUUUUUUAGUUCUUUUUUAUAUUUCUAUGUUUGCUUUUAAAAGAUGAACACUUUUUUCCGUUGCAUUCACAGGAGAAUGCCCAGGAUCUCAUUGUCUUCUGCAUAAGCCCCCUGCAGCCCUGAUCCAUUGUGUGUCAGUAAUGCGGCUGCAGGCUCAUGCAGCGAAGCAACUUGACGUGUCUUUAAUCGUUUCUCAGACCCGAUAACGUCCGGCCUCGCCAUUUUACGGUAAAUCACACUGACAGUUAAAAGUUUACAGAAACGCGUUUGAUUAUCGGGUGAGUAUUGAUCGCGCUGCGGGAGGCGGGACGCGUUCUGCUGGUGUUAUCAGUCUGAUCUCCUUAUACCAGCUGAGGUCUGGAGUUCCUGUCACUCACUCUGUGCCACAGGAAGUUCUCGGUUACACUUCAGACGAAUCGCGACUCGUUGAAUAUUUGAACAAGAUGCCUUUUGAAGUUUUGUUUUCCACACUACCUACUCCACUACUCCAGUUUUUUGUUUUUAAGGUAGAACUAAGAUUUUAAAUCUAUUCUGCUUCAUGAAAAUCAGUUAGAAAGAAUCCAAAAUGUUAAAAGUGCAGCAGAGGGUGCAGUUGAUCAGUGGAUACAGUCCCAUAACUUUAAAGACUGUUGUUUUUUGAUGGCGUGUGAAACGUUUGAUGUGAUUGUACUGAUAUUUAUUAACGUGUGAAAACUGUACCAUAUGUAAAGACAAAUGAAUCCUAAUUUGUAAAACUGUUCUGCUGACACAUGGACUGCAAUGUAAAUGCUUCAUCAUGUAGCCAGAAUGCAUAGAUGUAUGCAAUAAAACAAUGCAGUUGUUCUUUUA